AUGGGUAGACUGCCGACGCCGGAGCACGCUGAUUGGGGCGAUGACGUAUUGAAAAGGCCUGAUGUUGUCCUCUCCGGUUGCCGUGAUCUAGUCGUCGUGCCAGGCGGUCCCGAUUGGGUUCUUCGGGAACUCGAUGAACAAUUUCCCGAUUAUUGCUGGAAACUCGCCGGUACUUCCUCGAUUGCUCAAUAUCACUUUUCAAACGCGGCGGAUUUGAAUGACAGGCACGCAGCCCCUUCAAAGUGCGAUGAGCCCACGUUGCCAAUUUUCCAUGCGAGCGUCCCGUUUUUCUAUUCGCCAACUGACUUCAGCGUGCAGCCCAAAUACCUUGACGAAUAUCGGAAUAAAAUGUGCGCUGAAUUAAACGAAGUGUAUAACACUGAAGAUGUUCCCCAUCUUCUCCUCGAACAGAUUGUGCUCGGUGUCGCGUGCGUCUUUUUCAACGGCAAUAAUUUUGUUCGUGGAUGUGUCAGAAAAAUGGCGGGGACGAAUUUCGCGCAUGUCGAACUUUGCGAUUAUGGGCUCUCCCAACUAAUUUCAACUGCGAUCUUGAAACGGAUGAAGAAACGUUUCGGAAAGGUUCCACCAAUGGCGUUGCAUUGCCGAAUGAAAGAUGUCCAGAUCAACGAUUUGGAUGGGAAGAAAGUGGACGAAUUUCAGCAACUCAUCGAAUCAUGUGGGAGAAUUGUUCGAGUGGAGCUGACGAGUGUUGUUGAGCCUUAUGUGGUGAACCUUUAUCAUCCGACGGUGAUGGGUAUGAAUUUGGGGAAGCUCUUCUACCGUAGACCCGAAGAUGAACAAAGGGAACGCUCCAAACAGCGGAAAUGGCUGGAACAUUUGCGAAGAGAGGCGAAUGAGAACGAUUCGGACGUGGAGAAGGACGAGGACUACUGGAGCUCCGGUGAUGAGAGCUUUCAGGAACACAUCGAGGAAAAGCCGAUAACGCUGGUGCGGCGCCUGCCAAAGGCUCCAAAAGCUUGUCGCUUGUUUAACACGAAGAUCACGAUUGGCCACAUAGAAAAUGCUUCGAAUAUCUUUCUUCACGACGAAUGGCAAUUGGCGCGGCGGGAGAAAAUACAGGCCGAGCUUCAGAACCAGGCUUCGAAACUACUGCCGCUCCCUCGUACGUGGCUUGAACCGGAAACCGCAUGUGUCUUUGUCGAUUCAGCAGGCGCAUAUCGGGGGCUAAUCGAGGAAAUAACAAACGAAUACAUCGAGCUGAUACUUUGUGACCAUGGCCGCUACGCCAAGGCUGCACCCGGCCAGCUUUUUGCCUUACCGGAACAUUACGGCGACGAACCGCAGGCAUACCCUAUUACGCUUCACCAACGAUCUAUCUACCCCCAUCCGAGCUACACUCGUGUGCUGCGCGAUCUUUUGGCGGAUGCUGAGGAGUUGACCUUUACCGCGGAACGGAAGUAUAAUCGGCUACCGAUGCGGGGCAUUUUGAGAACAUCCAAGUAUCCGGAUAUCUUGAACAUAGUGGAAGAGACG